AUGUCCAAGACUAGAUUUUGUGUUUUUCUUGCUUUUGAUAUGUUAACACUUAUUAAAAAUGAUUCAUAUAAAAAGAAAACAGAAAAAAAAAUUUCUUAUUCAUGCUUGUUUAGUUUUACCAAACAGAAUUAUCAUCAACAGACCUAUCGUCAUCGUUAUUAUUCGUGCUAUCUUUUUAUUAUUAUUGCUUAUUUAUUGCUUGGUUUUACUAAUGCUACUAAUGAGACUAGGAAUGCUAACGAAGGAAUAAUUGAAAAAAUAAAAGAUUAUGGAAAUUAUGUAUUGCAAACUCUUAUUGAAGAACCAAAUGAAAAUUUAACAACAACAUCGAAUGAAAGUUCAACUGAAAAUGAAAUCCCAAUAUUUCAUAAAUCAAAAGAUAUGAGUCGUGUUCCAACUUCUCUUAUUAUUUUUCUUCGACUUUGUGCACAAGCUUUUAUAAUUUUUGGUGGUGUGAUUCCAUACAUUCCACAAUAUUUAGUAAUAAAACGAACACGAAAUGCUGAAGGUUUUUCCAAUUAUGUUUGUUUGACAUUACUUAUUGCUAAUAUAAUUCGUAUUGAAUUUUGGUUUGGUAAACAUUUUGAAACUCCACUUCUUCUACAAUCAAUAGUAAUGAUUAUUUGUAUGCUAAUUAUGCUUGAAUUAUGGACACGUGUUCAUUCACAAACAUUACGUCGUAGUUCAACUUCGGAUACAAGUAGUAAUAUAUCGAAUUCAAAAGAACAAUUAACUGAUGAUGUAUCUGAUAAAAAAUUUACUGAUUUUGAAGUUGAUUAUUUUUGGCGAUGGACAACAUUUUCAAGUUAUCUUCAAUUUUUAUUUAUUUUUACGUUAAUAUUAAGUAUAACAACAUGGAUAUUACAUAAAAAUCUCAUUUAUAUUGAAACUAUUGGACUUUUGGCUGUAUUUUGCGAAGCUCUUCUUGGUGUACCUCAAUUUGUGCGUAAUUUUCGUGUAAAAUCAACUGAAGGAAUGAGUGUGAAAAUGGUCAUUUUUUGGGCAGCGGGUGAUAUUUUUAAAACAGUUUAUUUUAUUGUUCGAAAUGCUCCGAAACAAUUUUGGCUAUGUGGUAUAUUACAAAUUAGUAUUGAUUUUGCUAUUCUUAUUCAAGUUAUGGUUUAUUCAAAUAAAUGUCGAUGUCGAUGUCGUAAACAAUGA